AUGGUGAGAAUGGGCUCCGCAGAGCACGAGUUCCCGUUCCUUCAGGAGGUCUUCACUCCUCGGGACCACCACAAGGUCGAUUUUGUUUUCGUCCACGGUCUGAACCCUCGAGGCCGUAAUGAUCACCCUUUUGAAACAUGGACUCACGCAAAUGAAUUCCUGGCGGAAGAUAUCCCAUACGCCCGGGUCUUUGUGUAUGGUUACAAGUCCAACAUCACACACCCUCGAACCAUGUCCACUGCAAGUAUUAAGGAUCACGCCAACACUUUUCCAAUCCGGUGCCAUUGA